GCCACUUGGCCUUAGAAUAAGCUCGAAAUCAUAGUGGCAGAAGCAGUCCAAGAGAGGAACGAAAUAAAACAGCAAGGAAUGAAAAGAUGAAAGGCAUGAUAUUGGAAGGAAGAGUCUCACUGGGAAAUCCAAUAACAUAAUAUUAUCUAUGGCUUCUCUGUUUGGGUUUCAUUUUGUCAGUAACCAAUGAACACCCGGACUCUAUAAUCAUCUUCUCAUAGAAAUGUUUCUUCCAAAGGCAAGAAACGAUUGAGAAGCGAUACAAACGAGGGGGAAGACGAGAAUCCAGAAGAGGAAAGAAACGGAAGGAAACAAAUCGUGUGGUGGGAUGUUGAAGCAACCACUGUCAGAUAGGCGGACCGUAGAGCAGAAGAUGGAGUUGCAGGAGAAUGACGGAGAAGAAGGUUCAAGUUAUCCCUCACAGCAACUGGUGGACAAAGGAAUUGGCGAUGGCAGCAGCUCGAAAAGUCUCGGAGGUUUCAGAACGAUGCCGUUCAUCUUUGCUACUGAAAUUGGGGAGAGAUUCUCCUACAUCGGCUUCCAUUCCAACUUGAUCACUUACCUGACUCAGCAGCUCAACCUGCCGCUCGUCUCCGCUUCCAACAUCAUCACCAAUUUCAACGGUACCACAAACUUCACCCCCUUGAUCGGAGCUCUGAUCGCCGACUCUUUCGCCGGGAAUUUCUGGACGCUCAUCGUCGGCAUCCUCAUCUUCCAGCUGGGCAUGAUCAGCGUAACCACUACCGCAGUAGUGAAGUCACUCCAUCCUCCACCAUGUCCAAGUCAGGUCGAUUGCAAACAACCUUCGGUGACGCAAAUGGGUUCCCUAUACUUUUCCCUCUUUCUGAUAGCUUGCGGGUUGGGCGGGAUUAGGCCUUGUGUGGUGACUUUUGCAGCGGAUCAACUGGACAUGAAGAAGAAACCAGGAUCGCCUCGAGAAGAUAAGAGCAGUGGCUGGAACUUGUUCAAUUGGUACUAUAUCAUGGAUGGGCUAGCAAGAUUGGCUGCGUUUACAGUCGUGGUUUACGUUCAGGACAACAUUGGUUGGGGUUGGGGUCUUGGGCUGCCCACUAUUGCCAUGGCGGUAUCAAUUGGGAUCUUCUUCUUCGGCUCCCCAUGGUAUAACAGAGUGAAACCAAAGGGGAGCCCCAUGAUCAGAUUGGCUCAGGUGAUUGUUGCAGCUGUAAAGAAGAGAACUUUCGAUGUCCCCAACAACUCCGAGCUUCUGUACCGUAACGACGAGCUGGAUGCUGCCAUCUCCGUACACGGAAGGCUCUUGCACACCAGUCAGUUCAAGUGGCUGGAUAAGGCGGCGACAGUGAAACCAGGGGAGCUUUCAAAUGGCAACCCACCAAAUCCAUGGAAGCUAGCUACGGUCCACCGAGUAGAAGAGCUGAAAGCAUUCAUCAGAAUCCUCCCCAUAUGGGCAGCUUCCAUUUUACUCGUGAUGGCCACUUCACACAACCACAGCUUCCUUAUCCAACAGGGUCGAACCAUGGACCGUCACCUUUGGUCAUCCUUCCAAAUCCCACCGGCCAGCUUGUCCGUCUUCAGCAUCUUCACAUUAGUAAUUGGCCUCAUUGCGUACGAGCGUCUCUUCGUCCCGAUCAUCAAACACUUCACAGGGAACCCUUCAGGCCUCACAGCACUACAGAGACUAGGAGUAGGCCUUUGCUUCCACGUUCUGCAAACUGCAGUAUCAGCAUUGGUUGAAAUCAAGAGGAAAGCUGUGGCGGCAGAGUACGGGCUGUUAGAUCAUCCGGAAGCUACGAUACCCAUGACCGUGUUCUGGCUUGUUCCCCAGCUUUCACUGCAGGGAGUUGCUGAAGUGUUUACAAAUGUGGGUCAGUUGGAGUUCAUGUAUGAACAGGCGCCGGAGAGCAUGAAGAGCAUAGCUGUAGGGUUGAACUGGAUCGGAAGUUCUGUGGGCGACUAUUUGGGUUCGACUCUAGUGCUGUUGGUUCAUAAGUACAGUGGUGAAGAACACAAUUGGUUGCCUGAUAGGAAUCUCAAUAGAGGGAGACUGGAUUACUAUUACUGGCUCAUCUCUGCUAUUCAAGUUGGGAAUCUCGUCUACUUUUCUAUCUGUGCUGCUUCCUUUACAAGUAAUCCAGCGGCUAAAGCUGCAGAGGAAGAUGGUGACAGAACUAGGGAUGAACAACUUGUGACACAUUUGGCGUGAGAAGUUAACAAUGCAGUCUUGGUAGUUAGUUACUGCUGUAACUAGUGGAUUAACUAUACCUAAUUUUGCCUUGGAGGUAAACAACAUAACUACUCUGUGAACCGCUAACUUGUUGAAGGUGAUCAUCUGUUGCUUAACAACAAAAUUGGUAUAUAAAAGCCUUGGUUGCCACUACUGUUCAUUAGUGGCCCCCCCACUCUCUCUUCUGCGACUGGGCAAUCUCCAAAUGCUUCCCCUUCGUUCGCCCAUGUGGCACUCUGCUCCUCUCACACAAAAAACCAACUCAUCUUCUUACCCAACUCGCCAUCGAUGAACCAUUGGAUAUUUCAUUUAUCCACUGGUUUCUCCUCCGAAACUCUUACAACGCCAUUUUGCUUUUAUCUCUAACUCUUUCUUCCCUCUUCCACUUUGCACGCCAUCUCUGCAAUUCUCACAGAACCCUCUUCCAACCCUUCUUCUCUUUCUUUGCUUUUCUUCCCACACGCAACACUUUUCUUCUUCCAACCAUUCUUCUGACAUCUUCUACUUCCAAUCCUUCAUCUAUUAGCAUCUCCUCUUUCUCAUUGUCAAUCAACACUAUGGUUAAGGGUUGCAGCAGCAGAUUCAACUUCAUCUGCUAGAUCUUCAAUCACCCUUUUACUACCAUUCAUCUUUUGCUUAAUGUUUUCCUUUGUCUUUGCUGGUCGUACCUUUUCGGCGGAAUCCCAAGUCCCGAUCUCUCCUUCUCUCCCGAUGUCGAAGAAGAACAAUAAGAACAAGAGAUGAAUGGUAGCUUUGCUCGGUGGAAUACUAGCUUCUGAUCCCGUUGUUAUUCAUUCCCCUUAUAUCUUGCCUGCUGCAUUCCAUGUAGCUUCUUUUUGUUUUUGUUUUGAUCUUUGUUCCCUCAUUGGUUUCCAGUGAAGUAAAAACACAUACGAUAGCGUGGGAAAGAGAUGGCGGGUGACGGGUGAAGUAGCGUGGAUUAAAGAAGUCCAGAGAGAGGAGAGGGAAAGCCUCCUGUUGAAGCGUGAAGAUCUGCUAUAGAUGGGAUUCCGUCGAGGCCGGCGCAGGUGGAAACGGAUGCAGGGGAGGGCGUAUCGGGUGGGAUUCCACCGAGGCCCUUCUGUGUGGCUGAAACAUGAUGUGGAAAGUUGAGAUUAUGUUGCCAAAAACAGGAAAAACACACUGGUUUCCAGAGAAGGCAUGCCACCCCCACCGCACACGCAUCCAGGAAAUUGUCCAUGCCGCGGCGUAUUUAGGGGAUGAGAGGGGAACCCUAUCUCCUCCAGAAUUAACUUCACCCAGCAAUUCGCAAACCUCCUUCAAGCACAGAUGGCGGAAACCUUAAUUGCCGCCCCUUAAUCAUUUUCCCAAAUCGCUCCCGACGAAUCGUCCCUGAUCUCCGACUUGGCAGCAGUCCCGAAUCUCCUCUUCUAGCCUUCCAACUUCACCACCACACCCCCUACUUCCGGUUCCACCUCAAAUGGCUUCGGUGGAAUCCCAACUUCUGCAGAUCUUCACGCUUCUGCCUCGGCGAAAUCCCAACCUUGAAGAUCUCCCCUCUUACAUUGCAUGACUUUCCCUCUUUGCUCUCCUCUCUCAACUUUACCAUACUACUAGGUCUCUCUCCUUGCAAUCGUUAAUGCUUCCUACAGUACCACACAUAGAACAGGACAAAAGCGGUGCCGGACCUGCCGCCGUUGACUUGGUUUGACGACAGGAUGGGAGCGCCAUAAAAGACAAUUGAUUCAACGUGUUUGGAAAUUUUCGAUUCAGGUUUAGUCUGGUUUGGAAUAACCUUCUACUCGCUUUCGGUGCUUUUAAUUAGCCAAAAAAGUCUCAAGUUUUCCUUCCGCUUUUGUUGUGUUGUGUUACUGACAGGUCAUUUCCCAAAAAAAACCAUCCAUUUGAGUCGCUUGUGGAGUUUUGGGUGUGUUUUCUUUUGUGAAUUAUGUUUCAAAUUUUCACUCUCAUUUCCUUUGGUUGUGGACUCUGCAGGUGUUCAUUAAUUUUCAGUUCUUGGUAUUGUAGGAGACCAGCAAGUUCUCAAUCCUCAUGAGUUGAGUUUCCAGCUACUAUACCUCUCCCCUCAAGUUCUUGGUUUAGUUUUUAUUUUAUUUUUUUCAUGUCUUUGUGGUUCUGAAUUAGUGAAUUUUACAGUGUAGAAAGUAGAAACAGCAGAGAAGGACAUACAAACUGUCAAUGUGCUGUCAUGAGGUUGAACCAAGGAGUCUAGACAUUAAUCUCAUCAACAUGACAUAUGAGCAUCUCAAGUGGUGGUAAUUUGUUUAUUAUAUGAUGUACUCAUUCUGGAAUGGAAAAAAUAUUUGGAUUUAGUAUUUGCUGAUUCUUUCCAGGUUUUGUGCAGUUUUCAAAGAAACUACAGUAGAUACACAAACCCUACAACUCCUAGAAGUGCCAAGUUCAUGGUUUGCUCUCUGCCCACAAUUUUCGUUAAUCAUCAUUUCCAUUGCUUCUCUACCUUUCUCAUCAUUGUGUUGUACAAUCCAAAUCACUACAGCAUUGCACAUUGAAUUUCACUGCUGUUGCAAUCUGGCAUCCUUCUUAACAAUGUUAAUACGAUCAUGUCUAUAAGAUGUAAGGCUUAUAUUGAAGUUCAUGCUUGGCUGCUAUGACAUAAUCAUGCACCCUACUACUUCGUUAACCCUUGAGAGCAAGUAAACUUUUCAGUCUGAUCAUUUUUGUUCUAAGAUGUCUAAAUCGAGCAUUGGCCGUUUCCAUUUUAGCUUACAUUAUGUUCAGUUUUUCCUUUUUACCUUGUGAUGUAUGCAUCUUCUGAGUUCUGGUUUACCUUCAGCUGCAACCUUCUGAUUGCAUUGAACUUUCCCAGUCUACGGGCAGUUGCUGCUUUCGCAACACCAGCAACACAUUUUAUAAAUUCAUCUCCCCUCAGAUCUUAAUCUUUUCCAACUCCUUUCUCAGCAUCACAAACGACGGUGCCUUCUUAUAUGCUGCAAAUGGUUAAAAUAUGCAGUUUGUGGUGGUAAGAUGACACGAGAAUGAUUUUGGAUGUCCCAAGUGCAGCUUUACUUUACAUGAAGGGUAAAUAUUGCUGAUUGAACGCAGUCAUAUAUUUUGCUUCAGUUAGUGUGAAAAAAGUAGUUGGGUAAUUUGCAUUUUGCCUCAAGUCAUGAAUCACCCAUUUGAAUUGUAAGCUCCUUUCCAAGAGGGAUCUUUAUGAUCAACAUGUAUGGACCAUAGGUAAAAAGCGUAUGAAAUCAUCUAGAUUCUUACUUAAGAUGGAUAGAAUGCAAUAGCCAUAUUGAGAUUCCCAUAUGAGGAAAUUUUAUCUUAUUUCUUUAAGUUCAAUUUCAUUUCACGAGUCCUAUGUUGUUAUAUAGUGCACCUGUAAUGUCAUUCUUUCGAGAAUCUCCCUGUUUUGAACUGUUGUUUCUGGCAUUAUUGACUAUAGAACCAAGUCCUUCACUAAUUACUUGGUUUUCAGGUUACUUGAACAUGUUCUUUGAAUCGAUAGGAUCUUACAGGUUUCUUCGUGUUGCCUCUCAUGUCGAUAUCUUUCAUUCUCCAUGUGACAACAAUUAAUUCUCUCAUCAUUUUGGUUUACGUCCUGGCAAAUGUGAUGUAUAUACUUUAUCAUAUUUUUCUCAGCAGCAAUAGGCAAAAACAUAUCCGUAGAGCUCUUAACUGUGCCUAUGUCAGCUUGUGGAGGAGGAUUACAACUGUGGAUUUCUGCUCUACCUGAAGGACAUUGCAUGGUACAAAUUCUUUCGCCUCGCUCAUUCGUUUGCCUCUUCCAUUUUAAUGCACCUUGGGAAUUACAAUUCAUCUUUGUGGAGCUUCCUUUCACCCUUGGCGAUUACUUCAGCUCUUUGGAUAGGGGUUAAUUUGUUCAAAUUUAUAGUUCUGCAACACAUAUAUCAUCUUAUAUGUAGUAUAGGAAGUUGAAUCCAUCCAAAAGCCUGCCCUCGAAUGUAGUUCAUGUGAGUUCUACAGAAUAUCGUACUAUUAAAUUGAUGGGUAUGAGGCUAGGUUUUGAGUUAAAUUUAAGUGUCUCGAUGUGCUAUUCACUUCCCUAUCACAGUCUGAAACUAGGUCUAAUUUAGUUGCUGAUAUUAUAUUAUUAUUCCUCCUAUUACUGAGUUGUUUUAAUUUACAGUAUGCAUCAAUUUAUGCUUCAUUCAUAUGUAUGUUUAAUCACUUUGCUAUUGCUGCCCUCACCCAAUUUAUUGGUCAUUUCGUAGUGUCUCCAAUCACACAAACAAUAGCAACAUCUAGGAACUCUUAAAACAGCCACUGCUGCACUUUAUCACCUGCUACCCCAGGUUUACCGUUCGAUAAACUGUCCAAUUAUUUGUCUCAUGGAGGUAUUCUAUUUUUUGCUCCACUCAUAAACAUGCUCGAUGAAAUGAUGAGGAAAUCAUUCAAGACCUCUCAUUAUAUAUUUGAAUUCAUAGACCAAGUGGCCAAGCUUGCAUCUUUACAUGGUUGUCAUUGGUUGAUCUGAUUUGGAUAGCCUGUCAAAUUAACCUGGAACCAGCACAGCAGUGAUCGGUUUGAAGUUUUUGCUCAUUGAGCGAUCGGCACGGCAGCAGAGUUCCUGGGUAAAUGUUGUACAACUGUGAUUUGGGGAAGCAAGGGUUCAGAGGGUGGCGAUAGGAGAAGCGGCAGGUGGGUUGGAGCUGUCGAGUUUCGUGGGGAAAUGCACCGGCCUCCUCUGCGAGCAAGCAAGGUUCACCAAACAUGGAUAGAUUUGAGCGGCACAAUACAGUAAGAAAGCUGCGACCAGUUAGUUAUUUCCCAUCCUCUGUAAUUUCAGUUCUCCCAAUUCUGGGUUUUACAGAUUUAUGAGCUUGACAGACUGGAGAAGCCCUUAUAUAUGGUGGAUCAAUUCGAAUUGGGUUUUUGGUUUCUUAGUUCGUAGAGGACCACUGAAUAAAGUUGUUUCAUUUCU